GUGAAUUGUGCAGUGCAGUGUGCAUAGUGAAGAUUAAUUUUUAUUUUCUUUUGGUGUAUUAAAUAAGUAUAUAGAAAAUGUCUGGGCGUGGUAAAGGAGGUAAAGUGAAGGGAAAAGCAAAGUCGCGUUCAAAUCGUGCUGGUCUUCAAUUUCCCGUCGGACGUAUACACCGUUUGUUGCGCAAAGGCAAUUAUGCCGAACGUGUUGGUGCUGGUGCUCCCGUAUAUUUAGCUGCUGUUAUGGAAUAUUUGGCUGCUGAAGUUCUUGAAUUGGCUGGUAAUGCUGCCCGUGAUAACAAAAAGACUAGAAUAAUUCCACGUCAUUUACAAUUGGCCAUCCGUAAUGACGAAGAAUUGAAUAAAUUAUUAUCUGGAGUGACUAUUGCUCAAGGUGGUGUUUUGCCAAACAUUCAAGCUGUACUUUUACCAAAGAAGACUGAGAAAAAAGCAUAAAUUUGUAUCUCGACGAGUCUUAUUAUUAACAUACUAUCUAAACACAAGAAUAAAACCGUCCUUUUCAGGAC